UUUUGUAUUUUUUCUUUGUUAAAAUGUAUUCUCACUUUUCAGUAAUAGGGUUGAUAUCACCGUAUCUCACCACAUUAACCUUUAUGCAAAAUAAUUGGUGUUUAGACGCUCAAAGAAGAUUUCAGGAAACUGCAGUCUCGAAACGGGUCGUGAAAGGAAAACUGGAAACCAACCAAUGUAUCGACCUAAUCGAUCCUGAUUCGGUUGGAUGAAGUCAGUCAAGCUCCAUGCUUUUUGUGAAGACACGAGGAAAUGUGCACAUGUGCCUGCUCAUGAGAGGAACUGCUGAGGUAAACAGGUGUCAGUCUGUUCAAACCGGUGUUUGUUUCAGGAGGGUUGAGAUGGGCCACCUGGUUGCCAGGGGAACCAAGUUUGGUCUUGCUCAUGUUACCAGGUUCUCCUGGUCUCUUUCUCGGUGCGUCCUCGCUGGGGACCAUAUCUCUUUUGGAGACUUUGGAUUCUCUUUUAAGGACUGGCUGAAGAUAGUUCACUUUUUUGCUGAGAACUUGCUGAAGUUUGAGGGUGUGAACUCCAGACAUUGGCCUUCAUCACAAUGGAACAUUUAGUACCAAGGCUGCUUUUUCUGUCUGUGCUGCUUCUAGCAGCGGUUCCCUUUGCUCACUCACAGUCAGAUUGUUCCCAGGCUGAGUCAUGUGAUAUGUGUGUUGGAGACUCCACGCUUAACCUGACAGGCUGCGUCUGGAGGCUUUGUCCAACUGGUAACGACACAGGCAUGUGUGUCACUGAUCAGGGGGAUUCUGCUGACAAUGGCAUAAACUGCAGUUGGACCAGAGUUUCUGAACUGUGCACAGUUGUGGAGAGUGCUGCUGCCGGUGGAGACUCAGAUAGUGACAGCAGCUCCGACUCAGCCUCUGAGUUCUCCCAGGCCAAGUUUGACAUGUCCAGCUUCAUAGGCGGGAUCGUACUGGUUCUGUGCCUGCAGGGUGGUGGCUUUCUCGCCAUGCGCUUCCUCAAAUCCAAAGAGCAGAGCAACUAUGACCCCAUAGAGCAGCCACAGUGAGGACAAGAUGUUUGAAGGGCAGACAGGAUGGAGGACAGCAGCAGCAGCGGCGGCAGCAGCAGAGCGUGACUCAUCGAGUAAUGACGACAAGAUAUUUUUGUGUUGUUUUUUUUUUGAGCCCCUGUCAUUUUUGGUUUGAUGCCCUUCAUAAACCCCUGUGGGAUGGCCGUGUUUAGAUUUCGACUAUAUUUAUGCUUGUAUUUACAGUCCAUCAGUGGCUUUGAGACGUAUGCUGUGAAUUAUGCAGCACGGCUAUGGAGAAGGGGUUACAUAACUUUGUGCAGACAGUAGGUCAGAAAAAAAAAAAAGCUUCACAAAUACUCUUGUUCAUAAAAGAGACAGUUUCAUGUGCGACUAAGAAGCAUUGCAAUAAAUAUUUUCUUGCUUUACAGUGGAGCUUAAA